AUGAUCUCGCCUCACCUCGUCGGCAACAUCUUUGCUCACUUCUCCUUCAACGACCUUAGGGGUAUUUUCCUCCGGCGACCUCGGGCUCAUGUUCUUCCACCUCCUAAUGUUACUGGAGCUCUACACAUUGGUCAUGCUUUAACUGCUGCUAUCCAGUGCAUAACAAUGAAUAAGGAAUGUGCUAGUGAACAAUCUCAUGGCCUUAUGACUGGACCUUCAAAUAAUAUCCACAAAGAACUGAAAUUUGAUUAUGUAGAUAACUUUGACAGACAUAAUUCAGGUUUUACAAAUAGUGUUUCACCUUUACAAUAUCAUACAACUGAGAAAUAUCAGGUAUCACAUUCAGAUAUGUUUGGAGGUUAUGAUGACAAACCGUUGCUGAUGAGUUCAAAUGCAAAGCAUUUAGGUAACUUAAGAGGAGGUAAUAAAAUCCAGGAGACAUCUUCCAUUGAUGCCCUAAACUCUUAUCCUGGCUUAAUGUCAUCUGGCCCAUGUUGUUUAACCAUUCAACUGAUGGAUGUUGGGAAUGCAAAGACUGAUGUGGUUGCGGUUUCUGUGGAUCAUAAUUUUUCAACUUAUCUUCACAAUGGUUUUCUUUCUGUUGUGCCUGGAAAAAAGGAUUCUGGUAUUAUGUUGCAGAGAAAUAAAUGCCAAUUCUCAGGUAUUGAUGAAUCUUCUGCUAUAUCAGCUGUCAUGGAAGGCGUACAUGUGGUGAAUGGUUUGGAGUAUAAGAUGUAUUGCAGCUCAUCAAAGUUUGAUGGAUUUCAGAAGAAUUCUAUCCAAAUGGUAAAACCAGCAAAAGGAACAACAACUUUGGCUUUUAUUUUUAAGGAAGGUGUGAUGGUUGCUGCAGAUUCCCGAGCUAGCAUGGGAGGCUAUAUAUUUGACGGGGAGAGUGGAAAAAAAAGACGAUGGUCAGAGGGGAUUCACCUGGUUGUGGAGGCAAAAGAAGGGUUACCAAUCCAGGCUGAUUCAGUUGUAGUGGCACAAAUCACAUACCAAUCAAUGUUUAAGCUUUAUCCAAAGCUUUCAGGGAUGACAGGAACUGCAAAAACUGAACAUCCUACUUUCAUUGCUUUCUACCAUACUAGCAUACUCUUUAAAAAAGAUAUCUUUCAUAAGGCACUGUACUUUGAAAACUAUACCACUUAUGGUUAUAGCUCUAAAUACGUGGGCAAAAGUGAGAACAAGAGUUGGACAUAUGAGAAGGCAAAAUCUAUAAUUUCAGAGUCAAUUGAAAUGAGCCAGUCAAUGGGUUUAGAUGAACUGCAAAGGCUUGUGGAAGAACAGGCAGAGAUGUACCCUCUUGGUCCUUGCAUUGCAAUUGCCUAUUUAUCGGUUCUAAAGGACUGUGAGAUUCAUUGCUUUCAUGAAGGAUUGGAAGUCAAACGACUUGGUGGUCUCCAUGUCAUUGGGACAUCUCUGCAUGAGUCCCGAAGAAUUGAUAAUCAGAGCAGGAAGGCAAGGAGAUCCUGGAUCAACACGCUUCAUGGUCAGGAAGAUAAGAAAUUCAGAUGUUCGAAGAAGAAUGAGUAUGGUCCUUCUGCACAGGUUGUUAUUGAAACCAAACCAAAGAAAUCUUUAAAGAAGAAGACUACUGAAGUUCAAGUGCCCAUGGUGACAACAAUGUCUGUUGAAGAAACUAUUCCAAUUGAGCCUGUUAUAGACAAAACUCUAGAGAAAAUUGUUAUUCCUUCGAUUACUGGUGUAUUUCACACGAUAAAGAUGAAAUCUAAACAUAAACGAAGGACUCCAACACUUAAUGUAGUACAAAAGCCACAUCUUACUCAUCAAGGGUCGUUUUUCGUGAAGAACCAGCUCCAGUUUCUCCAUUAUCAAAGAAGAGAUUAG